AUGAACAACAUCACCAACCCCGCGGGCGGCUCUGCUCUUGGCAACAACCCGGGCGCCAUGGGCGCUUCCAACGCCGGCCAGCACAACGACAUGGGCGACAAGGCCUUUGAUGCCGGCGCCAAGAAGUUCGGACACGUCAACCCCGACACCGCCGAGAAGAUCACCGACGGUGCCCGUGGUGCCUUCGAGAAGGCUACUGGCAAGAAAGUCAGCUCCAAGAUCUCCAACUAA